AUGGCGAGUUUUAAGUCUUCAUCUCUAUGGGGUCAUGUUGUUACUUUAAAGUUAGAAACCAACAUGAGAGCGCGCCUCCAUGAGGAUCCAUUAUCAGAAGAUUUCGCAAGGGACAUUCUGCUUCUUGGCAAUGGUGAAGUCCCAGAAGACGGAAAUGAAGACGUUGACAUAAGUAACAUUUGCACAAUAGCCAGUACUAUCCAUAGUCUUCAGGACCAGGUCUUCCCAGGCCUAGAGGUCCACAACGGAGAUCUAAAUUGGCUUUGCCAAAGAGCCAUUUUGGCUCCUAAGAACGUUGCAGUCAGUGCAAUCAACAACAGCCUCUUACUGCGUUUGCCUGGGGACGUGACAGUCUAUAAGUCAGUAGACACCAUUCCCAAUCAGGAUGAGGUAGUUGAUUACCUCACUGAAUUUUUGAAUUCCUUGGAGCCUUCAGAUGUACCUCCACAUAUUCUUACUCCUAAAGUAGGUAGCCCUGUUAUGCUGAUAAGGAAUCUAAAUCCACCGAUGUCGAGCAACGGUACACGCCUUAUUACAAAAUUACUUCCCAAUGUCAUUGAAGCAACGAUUAUGACCGUCUGUGGUCAAGACGUCUUCCCACCGCGAAUUCCCCUUGUGCCUUCGGCUGCUGACUUACCAUUCACAUUCCGCAGAGUGCAGUUUCCGAUUAGACUCAGUUACACCAUGUCCAUUAAUAAGUCCCAGGGGCAGUCGCUGGACUUUACUUAG